UCCCAGUUCUCUAUUAUUUGUUUAAUAGUGCGUUGUAAUUGUUUAAAAUUAUUAUGUAGCCAGAGAAAUUAAAUUUUUAGCUUGCAAUCAAGCCUUGUGACCAGAGCACAGACGCCAUUAGCUCCUUAAUUUCUGGCUCAUUGAAAACCGUGGAAUAUGGGCAAAAAAGGCAAUAAGGACAAGAAAGGCAAAAAGAAGGGCAAAAGCGUGCUUAUACCCAAAAAUGUGGAGCCUCCAGUUCCGCCUGAACCAGUAUUCGAAAGGACAGUGCCCUUCUUUUCGUUCGAUCUUAUUAUAACGCGACUGGAGGUCAAGGGCGUCGUUCUGGCAGAUCCCCGAAAGCUGCUGGUAAAGGUCACCUUUGGGGACAAAAACCUUAGCCUCACAGCCAGUCGGACCAACAUAACCGAGUUUAAGCCAAAUGCUAGUCUGAACUUCCAGGCUGAGCCACCGAAUCUUGCCCAGAAAGUGGAGGAAAGUGGCCUGAACUUCGAGGUGGAGUACGAUAAUCAAGUGGUAGGUUUGGGCCAGGUGCUUCUGCCAAAAAGAUUAACAGGACGAAUUAAACUGGACAUGAAGGCGUUCUCCUACACAAGCACAUGCCCACUGGAAUUGGCAAAAAAGCCGGUCGGCAAUCUGGAGUUUCUUUGCAAGCUGUUUAUUAAAUGCGGCGAAUAUGCCAGGGAGGGCGAAACCUGUCCGAACUUAAAUAAGAACAUUAGCCCAAAGGAUAUAGUGUUUGUCAUCGGAAAAUCACAGCCUAACACCAGCAGCUGCGAUCCCUGCCGAAAUGUUCUGGAGAUCGAUGCGAGAAAGCAUAAGGACUAUACCAUUCAAGCUAAUUCCAGUCGUAAAUAAAAACACUAAACUUUUCGGAUAAUCAUGCAUGCUAACAAUAAUAAAAAGAAAAGAGCUAAAGCCAAAA